UUCAAGUCGUUUCAGGACUAACUGGGGAAUUAGCAGUUUGAAAAAAAACACAGGCCGUAAAAUAAAUUAAAACUUCGACCCACUUUUCUGACCCAAAACUGUGCAGCUAUAUGAUUAGCUAGUUGGUUGUCUAACUUUUUUUUCUGUAAUCCGUCUCCAGUAGGCUGCUGCAGUACUGGACAAGUGUAGGCGACCUGUAAACUAGGCUCCCUUUCACCAGUCAUCAUACUGGUAAAAAAAAGUAUGUUCAUUAGCCUACCUGUUUAAUACGUUGGCAAUAUUUAUUUAUCGUUGCGGUAUAAGUGCGGUAACUACAUUAGAUUUUUUUCUCAAGUUACCAAGGGCAACAACCUCUGGACUUCGUGAGCCAUAAAAACGACGUCAAUAAUUAAUUCAGAAUAACACUGCAACUCGGCAUUACACCGAGCCUCAGGAUGAAUUAAACAGGGUUCCAAGACGGAGGACGGAGACUUUACUCUGAACUACAUGGACGCGGUAGGAACUCAUGUUCCAGAACUACCCUCUGACUUACUCUGCAGAUUUCGUGACUGGAAGAACUUCUGGACGUAGUUCAGAGUUAACUCAAAGCACGGGCCAACUAGGUCCAGCGGUAGAGGAUUAUCUCGAUCCCUGCCUCCCUGUCACUGUGAGAACUGAAGGCCCUCAUCAUUCCCAUGACUGCUCACCACCCCUCUUCAGAAGACAAAACUCCCUCUGAACCUCCCCCUGUGGGGCCUGCUGUACCACUCGCUGUUUCAGCCAGGCCAUCUGCCAUGUCCUCGGGGUCACCUGCUGAGAAUCACCUGUCUCCUGACCUGGCCCCCAAAAAAACAGGGAACCAUCUCUCUCUUAGCAGUCCCCAGCUGCUGGCUGAGCUGCUGCAAAGUCAAGCCCGCAGGAGCCCCCGGGGGCCGUCCCCUGAACGCUCUUCUCCCCUGGCCUCCCCCCUGACCUCUCCCAUUUCCCCUCCAGCCUCACCCAUUACCCCCCCUGUGACCCCCCCGCAGCCUCUCUCCCCCACGCAGGAGAGUCUUACGCUCAGCAGUCCAGAGCUCCUGUCGGAGUUGAAACAGUUUCGCUCCCUGAGACAUGUCAACCCCCAGCGUGGCCUCACCACUGUCUUCUCUGGCAGAGGUCGAGCGACUCGAGGUUCAGCUCAAGUUUCACACUCCCAGCCCCGUCCUUCACCAGACGCCCUCACAGAUGCGCGAAGAGAGAAUGCAGGCAGUCAGUUGGUGGCCAAUGGGACACAGCGGUAGAAUGGGUCAGAAUGUCAUGUUGUCCAUCGUGCGUCUGUCAGUGUGUCAGCGAGACUUUUGGCAACUCUGCUGUUCUGUGAGGCUUCCAGUCAUUGUGUCAAUCAUUCAGUGUCAUUCAGGCCAUUGCACUGGCAACAGUAUAAGCAAUUCAUAAUUCAAUUGCCACUUAUGACUUUAUAAAAAUAAUUGUUUUCAGAUUUUGUACACUCCACCCAUGAAUAAACAAACAAAAAAUAAAAAAAGUGUUGAUAUAGA